CGUGUUAUCAUAUGGCGAUUUUACGGCCAAAUCGGCCGAGUUAACGCCGCGACGGCCCGACGCUACGCGUCCUUUUGGCGUUCGCCAAGCGUUGCACGACGUUAGGUCGACCUGAGUUAGAUAAUGAAGCGGCAAUUCGAUUAAUUGUCCGCAGAUGCAUAUCGUCGAUGUUAUUUUUUAGAGGAUGGUCGAGAGAACCGCGGACUGAGCGUAACUCGAGCUCCCGCUACACGUCGAGUACUUCAAGAUCCCGAGGUCAACAGACAGAUAUCUUCGCAUGAUCGAUCAGCCGAGAAUAAUCCUUAGAAACAUUGAACUCGCUACAAUUUCACUUGACUUUUGAACAAGUUCCUUCACAUCAAUCAAAUAACAGACUAUGGGCUGUAACGCAUCGAAAAACGUGACUGUUGAGCAUUUGGAUGGAGGAGAGAAUGGUGACGUUCCUCAAAAAACCACCACGGAGUCCAAUGGAAGCGCUGACCGAAGGCAAUCAAUCCCAAUGAGCCCAAAAGAUAUUCCUCCCAUAGAAAGUGAAGAACCACCAGAAGAUAUGCUCGAAACACCUGUAGUAAAUAAUAUGCAGAAAAAAGAUAGUGGUUUGGCCUUCGAACUUGCUUUCGAGGAGGAUAAUGAGGAAAGUAUUAUAAAGAAGCACCCACCUAAACGCUUCCAGUUAAUAGAAAGCCAACAAACAAGUCCUGUCACUCUAGAGAAACUGCAGGAAAAGCUCGAAGAAGCUGAACUCAGAAGGCAGCAGAUUUUAUCACAACGUGUGCAAUCUGCCAAGCAGAGGAAUGCUGUAAGGAAACAACCUUCAGAAGUUUCCAUGAACGAAGACGCUGAUCAUUCAAACGAUGCUCCUGUUGACGCUGAGAACAAUCAUCAGUGAUAAAUAAAAUGAAAUUAUUAUUUACGCAACAGUGAAAUUUUCUUCAAGUUGUUUUUCGCACAAAAUUUCCAUUUAUUUGGUGUGAUAUACAAAUAAAAUUAUUUGUAAAAGGUAAUAUAUUUUAUUAGGGUUCAACUAAUAU